AUGAGCGGAAGCAGUGGCCACUCUACCUCGUACUCCUCCGCGUCUUCGAGCUUCGAGGAGAUCAAAGAUGCGACAACCCCAGGAUCGGUCCCGAUCGCGAUCUGCGGCCUUGGCGUGAGACUUUCCGGGGGCAUCCGGAACGCCGACGACUUCUGGAAUCUUCUAGUGAACGGCCGGGAUGCCCGCGGGCCAGUUCCGAGUAGCCGGUAUAAUGUUUCCGGGUUCGAUGGUUCUCUUGGGGGCAAAGAACGCAUAGAAACCAAAUUCGGUUACUACCUAGAAGAUGAUCUAUCACGCUUCGACCCUUCUCUCUUUUCUAUGACACAAAAGGAGUUAGAGAGAUGUGACCCUCAACAGAGACUGUUAUUGGAGGUUACCCGAGAGUGCCUCGAAGAUGCAGGCGAAACCAAUUAUCGUGGCAAACCGAUUGGCUGCUACGUAGGCACGUUUGGUGAAGAGUGGCAGCAUAUGCGAGACAAGGAUGCCCAACAAGUUGGUAGCCAUCUCGUUACAGGUUCUGGGGAUUGGAUGCUUGCCAAUCGGGUAUCUUAUGAGUAUAAUCUUAGCGGACCGAGCAUGGUCAUUAGGACAGCCUGCUCGGCGUCGCUGAUAGCCUUACACGAGGCUUGCAGAGCCGUCCAAUUCGGGGAUGCCUCGGCCGCAGUUGUUGCCGGCACAAAUCUGAUUCUGGGGCCUUCCCUCACUAUGCUUAUGACUUCGGAAGGGGUCCUAUCUCCAGACGGGUCAUGUAAAAGUUUCGAUGCCUCGGCCAACGGCUAUGCGAGAGCUGAAGGAAUCACUGCCAUAUAUGUGAAGAAGCUUACUGAUGCAAUUCGCGAUGGCAACCCUAUCAGAGCGGUUAUCCGGGGCACCGCAGCUAACAGCGAUGGUAAAAGUCAAGGAAUGCUUGUCCCGCGAGGGGAGGCCCUCGAAGCACUUAUGAAAAAGAUAUACGCUGACGCAGGAUUAAAUCCGGCUGAGACUGCGUUCGUCGAAUGUCAUGGCACUGGAACCUCUGUUGGCGACCCCAUCGAAACUUCUGCGGUUGGAGAGGUUUUCGGUAACGAGGGAGUAUACAUUGGUUCUGUGAAGCCCAACGUAGGCCACUGUGAGGGAUCUGCCGGUCUCGCCAGUUUAAUAAAAGCAGUCUUAGCUUUAGAGAAUAGAACGAUACCCCCUAAUAUCAAAUUCAGCACACCUAACCCUAAGAUCCCAUUCAGAGAAAAGAGGCUUACGGUGCCAACUAAACCGACACCAUUCCCCGCUCAUAAAGCCGAAAGAAUUAGUGUGAACUCCUUUGGCAUCGGAGGUUCAAAUGCACAUGUCAUCCUUGAAUCGUUCCCAGAUACGAAAGUAUCAACAGGUCUCUCACAGUCGACCAAAAGACCAGAACUUCUUAUGCUAUCAGCUAAUAGCCAUAAUUCACUAAAGAGCCAAAUAGAGCUGUACCAGGAAUAUGUCUCCCAGCACCCCUCCGCCAUACGGGAUAUUGCAUACACGUUAGCUCUCCGCCGAGAACGGUUACCGCACCGGGCAUAUAUGGUAAUGUCCGGCGACAAGCUGUUAGAAACUUCCAGCAUGGUGAAAACACCGGGAAAGUUAUCUCGCCGCAAGGUCACCAUGGUUUUCACCGGGCAGGGGAGCCAAUGGGCCGAAAUGGGAAAGGGUUUGUUCAUAACCAGUUCGGAGUUCCGAGAGGAUAUCCACAUAAUGGACGAUGUCUUGAGACACUCUGCCAGGCCUCCAAGAUGGACAAUCGAAGCGGAGAUACUCAAGCCCAUUGAAAUCAGCGGGAUCAACAGAGCUGAGUUAGCGCAGCCCAUGUGUACUGCGCUUCAAAUAGCAAUCUUCAGGCAGCUAAAGCGUCUUGGGGUUAUACCGACUGCGGUUGUGGGACAUUCGAGCGGUGAAAUCGCCGCUGCGUAUGCUGCUGGACUGAUUUCGCUCGAGUUCGCCGUCAAGGCCGCAUACUAUCGUGGUUUAGUGUCCUCGAAGAGCACGACUAGGAAUGGCUCUAUGGCAGCGAUCGGGCUCGGAGCUAAAGAAGUGGCGAGACUACUGCCGGAAGGGGUCGUCGUCGCAUGCGAAAAUAGUCCUCAUAGCACGACAAUAUCAGGAGAUCGCGCGCUGGUGGAGCAAACGGUGUCUACGAUCAAAGCGGUUAAGCCGGACACCUUCGCUCGGAUGUUGAAGGUGGACAUGGCAUAUCAUUCCCAUCACAUGGAUCCCUUAGCUAAGGACUACUUGCACAUGCUUCGGCAGGAAAAGAGUCCGACCGAUAGCGGGGCGGGGCUUCGUCGGCGAUCAAUAUUCAUGUCGAGCGUGUCCGCCAAGGUGAUUGACAACCCGACAGAUCUAGGCCCGGAGUACUGGGUCGCCAACCUAGUCUCGCCAGUUCGCUUUAGGACAGCUGUUAAGAACCUAUUUGAGCUACGAGGCGAUUCCGACGUCCUAUUGGAGAUUGGGCCUCAUGGCGCCCUAGCUGGACCCCUACGCCAGAUCUGCAAUGCGGGUUCGUGGCAGUGCAAUUAUGUAGCUGCCCAAAACCGGGGUAGCGACAGCGCCGUCUCUCUGCUAGCUGCUUUAGGAAGACUUUUCCAGGAGAAUGUGACCAUCGAUUUUGCCCCUCUAUUCGCGGGUGGCCGCGUCGUUCCGGGACUCCCGUCGUAUGCAUGGGACCGCAGCGGACAGUCGUUCUGGAACGAAAGCCGGCUGUCUACAGCAUGGCGGCACCGCAAGUACCCUCACCAUUGCGUGCUUGGUGUCAGGGACCCACAAUCGCCGGAUGCCGAACCGCUUUGGAGGAAUGUCCUGCAUCUCGACGACGCCCCUUGGCUAGUCGACCACAAGGUAUCGCAGGAUAUCGUCUUCCCCUUCGCCGGGUAUGUUGCCACAGCCGGCGAGGCCAUCCGACAGGUGGCUGGCGCUGAUCCGGGGUCGAGUUACCAUAUUCGCCAUUUGGUAGUCCGCACGGCUCUCGUCCUGACUGAUUCCAAGCCUGCAGAGAUUGUGACAACACUGCGCCAGAAACGCCUCACGGACAAUGAUGAGUCCCAAUGGUAUGAGUUUAAUAUCACAUCGUAUAGCGGCUCCGCUUGGAUAAAGCACUGCACGGGAGAGAUCAAGCAUGUCGAGGGUCCUAGCAGUUCUUCUUGGACUCCUGAGGGACUACCUCGCAAGCUGUCGAGCCCAACGUUCUACGAGACGAUGGAACGCAAUGGCUUCAUUUACGGUCCCGAAUUUCAAUCUCUCACAGAUAUCGCCACGUCCACCACAGAGCAGGUCGCCGAAGCAAAAUUGGUCGACAAGCACGACCAUGUAUCCGAGCCGUUUUCUCUCCACCCUGUCGCAAUUGACGGUUGCUUGCAGCUUCUCAUGAUCGCAACAGCGCAAGGACUGUGCCGCAACUUCGAUGGCCUUGCAGUUCCGACCUCGAUCGAGGAUCUCAUCAUAUCUCGGGGCGCAGCAGAAAUGCAUGCCCGCGCCUGGACUAAGAAAGGCGACCUCCGACUCGGCGAAGUUGAGUGCGUCGCGGACGGACAUGUAGCACUAAAGAUGCGCGGUCUACAAUUGACACCACUAGAAGGGGACGACGAGGUGGUUACCGAAUCCAUCGACAAGCACGCCGCAGCACACGUCCAAUGGCUCCCCGACUUCGAUUUCGUGGACCACAGAUCACUAUUCGCCGCGCCCAAGCCGCACCGGGCGCAUCUCAGCAUGCAACAGGAGCUCGCUUUCCUAUGCAUGGUCCAGGAAUAUAAAGCAGUAGAAGGGCUGACGCCAUGCCAGCCUCACUUCGCCAAGCUGCGCGACUGGAUGAAGAAAGAAAUCCAAGACGCCGCCGUCGGGAAGAGCUCAUUCCCACUCGUCGACAACCCGGCGCGCCUCCUAGAGCUGAGCUCCGACGAGCAGCAGAAGACGAUAGACUCGCAUCUAGCGAUCCUGGAGAAGGGCUAUCACAGCGCGCUCUCGGUCGGGCUUAAGCGCGUUUUGGACCAAGCGGCUGAGAUCUUCGCGGGCACGCGCGAGACCCUCGAUGUCCUGAUGCAGGGCAAUCUCCUCGCUGAGAUCUACAACCACACCAGCUUCGGAUACGGCGACUUCGUGCGCCUGCUCUCCAACACGCGGCCGAACCUGCGCAUUCUCGAAGUCGGCGCCGGCACGGGAGGCACGACGGAGCUCAUCCUGCGCGGGCUCGUCGACGAGGGCGGGUUCCCUAUUUAUUCGGUGUAUACGUUUACAGAUGUCUCGUCCGGUUUCCUGGUCAAGGCUCGAGAGCGAUUCUCGUAUGCCCCUAAUAUGGAGUACAAGGUCCUUGAUAUCAGCAAGUCGCCUGCCGAACAGGGCUUCAAGUUCGGAGAAAAGGAUACGUAUGAUUUGAUCCUAGCCGCAAACGUCGUCCACGCGACGCCUUUUAUUACAGAGACGCUCGGGAACAUAAAAUCGUUACUGAAGCCUGAUGGGAUGCUAGUCUUAACGGAGCUCUUGCCGACGCUGCGGACGGCGAAUUAUAUGUUCGGCCACUUCGCAGGGUGGUGGCUAGGCGAGGCCGACGCCAGACCGGCUAAUCCCCUGAUACCUGUUGAGCGUUGGGAUAAAGAAUUAAAAAGCGCUGGAUUCGCUGGCGUGGAUUCGUUCGUCUCUGAUGACGAAGCACCUUACAACCAAAUUGUCACUAUCGUGUCUCGACCGCAACCUAACAGCUCGCCCGCACCCAAGCGCGUUACUCUCCUAUGCGAAAACGAGGAAUCAAGCGUGUCGAGUGCUCUAAGAUCUCGUCUCCGUAACUCCGGAUGGGAAGUUACCCCUUGUCGCCUGACGUCAACGCCCCCGGCCGAGCAAGACAUCAUCUCGUGCCUCAACCUCGAGAGCGACUGGUUCGUCAACCUAACCAAGGAGAAUUUCGCUAGCUUGCAGAAAUUCGCGAAAGCCGUUGAACAGCAGACGGUCCUCUGGCUCGCACAGCCGGUCCAGAUCCGAUGUAACGAUCCUCGACCAGCAACCUUCAUCGGCGCCGCCCGCAGUCUGCGCGCCGAAGCCGUACCCGGGCUCUGCACCCUCGAAAUCAACGCCGACGAGCCGCAGUUCGCGGAUCUAGUCCUCCAAGUAUUCAACAAGGUCCGCGCGCAAGAGGACGUCGGUACACUAGGCCCCGACCGAGAAUUCGCCGUCGAAAAUUCGCAAAUCUGCAUUCCGCGGUACCACCCCUUUUCGCUAACAGACAGGCUGAAGGAAGGGAACGGCAAGAAAUCGGCAGCCGAGAACACCAGGACCGCUCUGAACGUCGGAAAGGUAGGCUCGAUGGAGACGCUACACUGGAUCGACGAACCUCUCCCCGCCGACCUCCCCGCCGACCACGUCGAGAUCGAAACACGAGCCGUGGGCCUGAACUUCCGCGACGUCGUGCUCGCGCGCGGCAUAAUCCAAGCCGCGACCCCGGGCCGCAUCCCGCUCGGCUACGAGCUCUCGGGCGUGGUGACCAAAGUCGGGGCCGCGGUUCACGACCUGGUCCCGGGCGACAGGGUGAUGGCGCUGUGCAACGGCUGCCUCGCGACGCGGAACGUGGCGCCCGCCGAGAUCGUGAUCAGGAUCCCCGACGGCCUGUCCCACGCGGCCGCCGCCUCGAUCCCCGUGUGCUUCGGCACCGUGAUCUACGGGCUCGUCGACGUCGGCCGCCUCGAGCGCGGACAGAGCGUGCUGAUCCACUCCGCGUGUGGCGGUGUCGGUUUGGCCGCGCUGCAGGUCAGCAGGAUGCUGGGCGCUGAGAUAUACGCGACUGUUGGCAGCGAGAAGAAGGUUAAGUAUCUGAUGGACAAGUUUGGGAUCCCGCGGUCCCGCAUCUUUAACUCGCGUGAUGCGACGUUCGCUGAGGGGAUCAUGCGUGAGACGGAUGGUCGCGGUGUUGAUGUGGUGCUUAACUCGCUGUCCGGCGAGUUGCUGCACGAGUCGUGGCGCUGCGUCGCCAAGUUCGGUAUCAUGGUCGAGCUCGGUUUGCGAGACUCGAAGGGUUCCGGUAGCUUGAAUAUGUUGCCGUUUUCCGAAAACCGUUCGUACCACGGCGUCAACCUGUCCGAGUUCAGGGAGCGGCCUAAGUGGCUAAGGAGGUUAUUGAAUACGUUCGUCAAUUUUUACAAGCAAGGAUUGCUCCAGCCGAUUGAUCCUGUUGCGAUCUUCGACGCGAAGCAAAUUUCGAGGGCAUUCCGUCACCUAGAAGAUGGUGACCAUCUCGGCAAAAUCACAGUAUCUUUCUCUCCUGACUCUGGCUCACCGAUUGAGUCAGUACCCCAGCGCCGCAACAUCAAGUUCGACCCUGCUGCUACUUAUCUUCUCGUAGGCGGUGUCGGUGGCCUGGGUAGAUCUAUCGCGACGUGGAUGGUAGAGCGAGGCGCGCGCAGUCUGACGUUCCUCUCGCGCAGCGCCGGCCUUAGCGAAGUUAGCACGGCCUUGUUCACAGAGUUGGAAUCUAUGGGAUGUUUUGUGACUGCUGUUGCUGGGCGUGUUGACAAUAUAGACGACGUGCAAGGAGCAAUACACCGAUCGAGGUCUCCUAUCAAGGGAGUGAUACAGUUGGCUAUGGUCCUCAAGGAUACGCCGAUGUUAGAUAUGGAAUGGUCUCAAUGGCAAGACGCACUCGCGCCUAAGGUCGCCGGUACCUGGAAUCUCCACCGGGCAUUCGAAUCAAAGAAGCUAGAUUUCUUCUUCCUGGCCAGCUCGCUCGUAUCCGUCGCCGACUCCGUUGGGCAGGGUAACUACGUCGCGGCUAGCAUGUUCGUCGAAGCCUUCUGUCGGUACCGCCACUCUCUAGGCCUACCAGCUUCAGUUCUCAACAUCGGUCCCAUCCGAGACGUCGGGUUCGUCGCCGAGAACGCCCAUGCCAUGCAAAACAUCAAGGCACAGGGACUACCUCUGCUCAGUGAGCGCGAGUUCCUAGACUUUUUCGAACUAAGUCUCUUAGACAGCCACCCCGCGGAAUCCGCGGUCGCCGCACCUCUUACGGUACCGCCGAAACCGUGGUAUAAUAGCACGCAAGUGAUAAUGGGCCUUCGGUCAGAACAAGACCUCGACGACCCGAACACGCGAACGAUGUGGCGACGCGACCGACGUAUGGGUCUGUACCACAACGUGCGCAUCGAAAGCGCAGCUAAGACGGGCGAAAGCGACGCCCUGCAGGAGUUCUUAGCACAGGUCGCCGGGGAGGGCGGAAAGGCGCUCCUGAAGGAAGAGAAGAGCCUCGACUUCCUAGCUCGCGAGAUCGGCAGGAAGAUUUAUGAUUUCUUGCUCCGACCCGACGAGGAGGUCGAUGUAAGCUUGACGCUUGCCCAGAUGGGUCUUGACUCGCUUAUGGCGAUCGAGCUGAGACGCUGGUUUAAGGGCGCCUUUGGCCUCGCGAUAAGUGUAUUGGAGAUUGUUGGAAGCGGGACGUUGAUCCAGCUUGGGGGACUGGUGACAGAUAAAUUGGUUGAAAAGCUUGAGAGCGAGUCUCAGAAAGCCGCUUAA